UUACGCGGGCGGAUAGCCAGGGUUAGUCUGUUGGUCAGAGUUGGUCAGAGUGCCCAAGAGUGCUAGUGUGUGCAAGUGGUGUGCGCGCGCGCGCGCGCGUGGUUGUGAGUGUGUGAUCCGUGUGGGUAGAGACUUGGCCGCAAGCAGAGCUACGUUCAUGGGGCUCGCGGCCGCGAACUAGCGAUCAGUCUCCGCCUUCACGGGACUCGACGGCGCCGCACGGAGGAUAGCAGAGUUCGUGUUUUGUAUUCGUCUGCGCUUGGUUUUCGUUGUGAAAUUUGGCACAAGUUGACAGUCCAAGUGGAGAAACGAUGAAUGCCUCAGAACAUGGGUUUAACCCAGCCUUUAACAUGGCCUCCAUAAAGCAGGCUUUCAAUGAGGCUGUGGAAAGAGUCUCGACAGUUAGAAUGCCUGCGCCGACGCGGCUGAGGGAUCUGAUCAGACAAAUACGGGCUGCACGAACAGCUGCGGAAGAGAGGACGGUUGUGAAUAAGGAAUGCGCGUAUAUUCGUUCAACGUUUAGAGAAGAAGACAGCGUGUGGAGAUGUCGUAACAUCGCUAAACUAUUGUAUAUUCAUAUGCUGGGGUAUCCGGCGCACUUUGGUCAAUUGGAAUGUUUGAAGCUUAUCGCUUCGCCCAGAUUCACCGACAAACGAAUUGGUUACUUGGGAGCCAUGCUGUUGCUAGACGAGCGGCAAGACGUACAUCUCUUAAUCACAAAUUGUCUAAAAAAUGACUUGAACAGUUCCACACAGUUCGUCAUCGGUUUGGCGUUGUGUACCCUCGGCGCGAUCGCGUCGCCGGAAAUGGCAAGGGAUCUGGCGUCCGAGGUAGAGAGAUUGAUGAAAUCGCCGAAUGCGUACAUCCGAAAGAAAGCGGCGCUUUGCGCCUUUCGGAUCAUCAGACGCGUGCCGGAGUUGAUGGAGAUGUUUUUGCCGGCCACUCGCAGCCUGAUCACCGAAAAGAAUCACGGGGUCCUCAUCACUGGCGUCACUCUCAUCACGGAGAUGUGUGAGAACAGCAUUGACACGCUGAAUCAUUUCAAGAAGAUCGUGCCAAACCUCGUUAGAAUCUUGAAGAACCUAAUCCUAGCCGGAUACUCGCCCGAGCACGACGUAUCCGGAGUAUCGGAUCCGUUUCUUCAGGUGAAGAUACUGCGUCUUCUACGUAUUCUAGGACGUAAUGACGUCGACGCAUCCGAAGCUAUGAAUGACAUUCUUGCUCAAGUUGCCACUAACACAGAAACCAGCAAAAACGUCGGUAAUACGAUACUCUACGAGACGGUUCUAUCGAUCAUGGACAUUAAGUCGGAGAGCGGACUUCGAGUCUUAGCGGUCAACAUACUGGGCAGAUUUUUAUUGAAUAAUGACAAAAAUAUCAGAUACGUGGCUCUGAAUACAUUAUUGAAGACAGUUUACGUGGACACCAGCGCGGUGCAGAGGCAUCGAUCGACAAUUCUAGAAUGCCUGAAAGACCCAGACGUAUCGAUUAGAAGGCGUGCGAUGGAGUUAAGUUUUGCGCUUGUUAAUUCUAACAAUAUCAGGAAUAUGAUGAAGGAAUUGCUCUUAUUUUUGGAACGUGCUGAUCCCGAAUUUAAGGCUCAAUGCAGCAGCAAUAUCGUUAUGUCUGCGGAGAGAUUUGCUCCGAACAAACGCUGGCAUCUCGAGACUCUCUUCAAAGUACUCGUCGCGGCUGGUAAUUAUGUGCGAGAUGACGUAGUGGCGUGCACGAUACAAUUAAUUUCGGAGACGCAGUUACAGCAGGGAUACGCCGUUAGUGCAUUAUGGCACGCAUUAGAAAAGGACACAUCUGAUAAACAGCCUUUGGCGCAGGUUGCCACAUGGUGCAUCGGCGAAUACGGCGAUCUAUUGUUAUACAGUCCACCGUCGGAAGACGCCGAGACUCCAAUCAAUUUGACAGAGGACGAAAUCAUCGACGUAUAUCAGAGGUUACUCUGGAAUCCGCAGAACACUGUGAUCACAAAACAGUACACUUUGUUGUCUCUUACCAAAUUAAGCACGAGGUUCCAGAAAGGUCACGAGAAAAUUUGUCAGAUCAUAGAUACGUUUGGUAGCAAUUUACAUAUCGAAUUACAGCAGAGGGGUAUCGAAUUUUCGCAGCUGUUUCGAAAAUAUGAUCACCUGCGGCCCGCGUUGCUCGAGAGAAUGCCGCCGAUGGAAACCGCGCGACCGCAGGCCAAUGGUAUCAUAGGCAUGGUGAACGGUGAGCCAGAACCGGAAGACGAAAAGUCCACAAUACUAGAAUCAGCCACUACUACAUCCGAUUCAAGUGCACUUUUAGAUUUACUUGGAACUACGGAUGUAGGAAUGACGAUGCCGGCGGCGACGACCAAUAAAAAUUCUUCAUCGAGUACGACCGCGGCAGCGCAUAAUAAUGACCUGUUGGAUUUGCUUGGAAGUUUAGAUUUGAAUACGCCUACGCCUGUCGCUCCCACGUUACCACUUCAACCGCAGGCGUCAUCUGCACCGAUGUUCAGUCCUACUAAUAAUAGUAAUUUCUUAGUAGAUGGAUUACUCAGUACUCCGACAAUGCAAAAUGAACUACCAAGUAUGGUGGUCUUGGAUAAAUCAGGGCUCAAAAUAACGUUCAAAUUAGAAAGACCGCCCGAUAUCUCCGAUCUGUUGGUCAUAAAUAUGUUGGCUCAAAAUUCCGGAAGCACUAUUUUAACCGAUUUUUUAUUUCAAGCAGCAGUUCCUAGGACAUUCCAAUUACAAAUGUUGUCGCCGUCAAGUACUGUCAUUCCACCGUCUGGUCAAGUAACUCAAGUCUUGAGAGUGACUAAUAUGAAUAGAGCACAAUUAAGAAUGAGAUUGCGUAUAUCGUAUACCGGCCCGACUGGAUCAGUUCUAGAACAAACUGAAGUCAAUAACUUUCCCAUUUCGACAUCGCAGUGACAAGAUGUAAUACAAAAUACAUUUGUACAUAUGCCUGCCUAAAAAUAAUUAAUAGAGUUUUGAAAGCGGACUGAGAGGAAGAUGAAAGAAACACAAUUUUUCUUCAUUAGGACAGUGAAACAUACAACUUGGCUACAUCUAACACACACACAACACACACACACACAGAGGAUUUGUAUUAAGCAAUUUAAUCAUUACAUGCGCGGCACCGAUAACGCAAGACCUAAACUUUCUAAGAGACACUUUAGGUGUGUUGAAAAAUAUGAUAAUUUGCGCGAUUUGUUUGAUAUAUUUUGAAAAUUCAUAAUGAAAAGUGAAUUCUUCAGCGCGAAGAACUCAGAAAUUAAAACUGUUGCGGAUAAUGUGAUAUUAAUAUCGCAAUCUUUCAAAAAUUACGUUUGGUAUUAUUACUGUUGUCUAUCGUGUAAUUUAGUUACGAUGAAAGAGUAUGUGUGCAAGUGCUUCGUUCUCGUAAUGUGUCGCAUGUGUGCGAGAAAAAAGAAAGAGAAAAGAAAAAUGUAAAUAUUUUUUCUAACUGAAAUACGCGGAGGGAAUUGGGGAGAUAUCGUGCUCUGAUUGAUUACAUUCCCGUUUUUCGGCUACUAAUUUAGCGCGUAAUUUCUCACGUAGACUAAAUAAUAAAAUGAAAAACGAAGAAACGAGAGUAAAAAGAAGAAAACAGAAACACAUUAGACUCUUUAUACGCCACUUAGGAACAAUAGAACAUUGAAAAGGAAGGAUCGGAGGAAGGUUUCGUCACCUAAAGUGCUCUGUCGCUGCCCCAAAAAGUUAUCUAUGAGAAGGCUAAAGAAGCUUAUAACUCUCGCUGUAACAAAAAAAAAAAGAUCUUUUCUACCGCUGUAUUUGUAAGAUAUCACAGACGAUUCGCGAAUCGUCUUGUAAAUAUUAGAUAAUCACAAUGACGUAUAGAGGCGAGGAAAUUCUUUCGCAAAAUAAACAAAAAUAGAAAAAAAAGGACACGCGAGAUGGGACUCUUUAUAUGUGUAUAUGAUACAACUGUUGAUUCAAUAACGCGAAUAUACGAUAAUAUCCACGUUUCCGUCUUCGAGAAAAAGAGAGAUAUCAUUUUUUGGGAGGAAAAAUACAC